AUUGUCUUUUAUGAUCAGGUGGUAUUUCAGUACACACUUGAGACAGUGGUGGGCUUCCUGGUGCCAUAUGUGAUCAUCGUCAGCAGUUAUGUGUGCAUCCUUCAAAGGCUCAGACAGAUGAUGUUCAAGAGAUGGAUACGAAGCGAAAACCUUAUUCAAGCUAUUAUUGUGACAUUCUGCAUUUUUUGGCUUCCUUACCACAGUAUUAAUAUAGUGCAAGUGGUAGCAGCUCUUACGCCAAAGGAAUCACCACUCAAAAAGAAACUGGAUGACAUCUGGCACUCGAGCCGUGCGGUUACAUCCGCUCUGGCUUUUAUCAGUAGUUGUGCCAAUCCUGUCCUCUACGCCUUUGCUGGACGCUCCUACAUCAAAGCUGAUGGCCUGGCAUUCAUGGCCAGACUCUUUGAGGGCACUGUCCUGGACUAUGGUGCACGGAGAGGCCGUCAGAACAGAGAUGGCAUCAGGCUCUAAACCUCAUAGGAGCACAGACACAUAAAAACGAAUCUUGGACAAAUUAUUUUUUUAAUCCGUUUGAAUUGUGACUGAUACGAUAGAGAAUAAACAGGUCAACAAUGUCACCUAAAAAGACAGCAUAAAGACCUACAGAGCUUUUACAUUUAUCAAUUGACAAUUCCAUUAUGAGAAUGCAUUUAUGCAGCUUUCAUUUUAAAAAUCAACCUUCAAGUUUGUAAACCCUUCAUACAGAACUACCCCGCUUUCCCCAAUUUGAAGAUUGUAUUAACAUUAUACAUUAAUUCCUGGAUUAUCUGGAUUUGUGUAUAUUUAAUAUAAUCGUCGCAUUACCUAUUGUAAAUAGUUGUACAAAGAUCGCUUUAAACCUUAAACAAGACGAAUUAACUCGCUAGCAAAUGCUCACAUUUUAGUCAUAGUGCAUUCACUUUUGGCAGUACAAAUUCAUAUGCAGUAAUCAAACCCUUCUGCACUUGUUGGAAAUGUCUAAAACCCAGUUAAAUAUGAAUAUGCAUAACUUACUCGGUCACACAAAAGGAUUUUAGCACCCAAUCUCUUUUUAUAUUUGACUUUAAAAUUCACUAGUACACAAGUCUCACCAUGAAUCAGACCUAUUUUAAAGAGAAUUUAUUGCAGCGGUUUCAAAUCCUCACUGAAUUAUAUUGCGGGCAUCUUUUAGAGUAACAAGAUGGCAGGCAAGCAAGCAUGGACAAACUAGACUACAGAACACAAUUAUGUACUUUAAUCUUCUGUACCAUAAUUGGGUUAUAUCUCUAGUAAAAUAAAAGGCCAGUGGACCUCAUUCAAAUAGUAGAAAGUCAGUUCACAUGAAGUAAACCCCUAAAGAAAAAAAGAAAAGAAAAUGGGAAUUAAUA